UCUACGAUGGGGCUCCAGCGCUAUGCCGGCUUGGCAAUUUGCCUCUUGGUCGUCACCGCCGCAAGCGUCGCGACCACGACAGCGCAAGCCCCGAAGGACAGGCCCUGCACGUUGCCCAAGCCCGACCAGGCUGAAGCUCUCGGGACUCUGUCAGCGAUUCUCUCCACGCCGGUGAGCGGAUCCUUCGGCGGGUGGACGGGCGACGUCAACGCCAGCGGUCAAGUCUGCCUCGCCGUCUACGGGUUGAACGGCGACUACAACAUCUUUUACAGCGUCGUUGCCUCCAAAGCCGACGCGGGCGAGCCGACCUUCGCCGGCAUUGCGAAGGACGUGGGACAGGAGAGACUUGUCGCCGUCUUUUUCUCCCCCCCAGGGACCGACGGCCCGUGGGAGGAUCUUACUAAUGCGCCGGUUUCGCCAAACCAGAGCAGGAAGAGCCUGGGCGACGCACCCGCUUCCCCUUCCACAUACACCUACGCCUUAAAUGGAACGUGGCUUAAAGCGAGUACGCUGACCACGUUCCAAGGGGACACUUACAAGCAGCUGGUGGAUUCGAUUAUCGCGGGGCCUGAAGGGUACUGCACAGGGUUCGGAACGGCAGCUUUCCAAGCGGGAGCAGCCAUGGGGCAGUUCCAGGUUCAGCCCGUUGCCGUCAAAGCCUAA